AUGUAUCUCAUGUCCUCUAAACGUAGACGUCAGACCACAUAUAUCCAGUGGACCAUGAACAUUGGCGCAGCCUACUCCACAAGUGACGUUGCGAAGAUCCGGGAUAUCGUAAAGCCCGUGCUUCAGGUGACUCUGGGGUCCAGAGGCAUUUCAACGAUUGAUAGUGGCAUCUACAUGAUAUACAUUGGUAAGGUCAGAGACCUCAAGCACCUCUGUGUGACACUGCCAGCGAGCUGUUCUGAUGACGACGCAUCCACCGCCGAAUGGACGAACAUGGCGUCUCAUUCAAAGAUGCGGAUCUUAAAUAUGCCGUGUACAUUGCGUCGUCACUCGGCAGCGACAAGAUUUCCGAUGAACAAGCACCGUGAGAUUUUCUCCGUACCUGCCGCUAUGGCAAAGUCCCUGCUUGACGAGAUUGUCCAAACCUGUCGCCAGGUCUCGACUGGUGGACUCGUGGAGGAGCAGCGGCUGGCGGCUGAGUUGGAAAGAAUUAAAGAAGGUAUCAUCGUGGACAACAAGUUGCAUGAGAAGACGCGAGCCACGGAGGCCAAGGACGCCAGUCGGUUGGCCGAUAUGGCUGCGCGUGAAAACGAAAGUCUGCGUUCGGCCCUACGUGCUUCAGAAGAAGCACGUAAGGCUGCGGAGGAUGUACGCUUAGACCUGAGCCAGAGACUCGCAUCGUCACAAGAGCAGCUCUUUGAGCUUGCCAUGCCGGCCCCGGAAACUGGACCAGAGACUGAGGAUCAAAAUUUGACUUCAAAAAAUUGUUUCAAAAAUCCCUUUUAG